UUGGAAAUAACAACGUUAUUAAAGGACAUCUUCUAAUAUAAUACAUCUUCAGAAAGGAAACAUAAUUAAUUCAAAUACUAGGCUUUGUGGGGCACACGUCUGUAAACAAAAUCAUUCCCUUUUCAUCGGAAAGGGAAUCGUUGCCGACGGUUCAACAUCCCAGGUAUGCAUUCACCGGGAAGGCCAAAACGUCCAUUAAAACGCAGACAUAUAUAUUACAGGUUAGUGAACCAUCACGAAUAAAUGCAAUAUACAAACGGCAAAUCAAAUCAAAUUCAAGGUGAUAUCCUAUUUGCAUUAGAACUUCAGGAACAUGGGGAUGUAUUGUCUGUUGAAUGAGUUGACGACGUUUAAGAGGAGGAGUGCUGUCAAGGUUCGAGUGGUUAGAUCCUACACUGUAAUGGAAAGGAGGGGCUCAUCCGAGAUCAAGAGUAAAGAGCUGGUUCUGCACGACGAAGAGGCAACUGUAAUACAUGCCUGUAUACCAAAGGAUGUUCUACCAAAAUUCCCCGAAAGGUUUUUAGAAGGGAGUGUCUAUUGUUUCAAAAACUUUUAUGUUGUUGCAAAUUGGCAUACGUACAAGACUAGCAUGCACGAGUUCAUGCUGCAGUUCAAUCAUGAGACUAUCAUGAAAGAAUCUAGGUCUGAAAAUUUCCCUUACCACAUGUACAGACCCAUACCCUUCCAUACUUUGAAAAGUAAUCCAGCAAUAGAUGUCAAGCAAUUGAUUGAUGUAAUUGGCCGUAUUGUUGAAAUACGUGCUCCCCAAGAGAAAACAAUCUCUGGUCACAGUACUGUUCUAAUCGACUUUGUUCUGGAAGAUGCUAUGGGUAAUCGUUUGAACUGUACCUUUUGGGAUGACCAUGUAGCCAAACUGGAACCACUCUGCCGAUCUGCUUCGAAGGACCCUGUGGUUGUGUUGAUCCAAUUCUGUAGAAUCAAAGUGUAA